CGUUGGCCCAAGUCCCGAUAAGACUUUUCUGAACCAACUUAUUUCUGUCUGCAUCAAUUAAACUUGUAAAACCCAUUACUCUGUGAUCAUUAGAGGGAGCCGUGCAUCAGCCAACUCGCAAUCAAGUACGGUAACAUUCCGAUGAUCACAGUUUCCAGGAUAGCCAAACCAAACAAACUUCUGUUCCAACGCACCUGGCAAGUUGCAUUUUAUUUUGGGUCAUCCUCUUCCGCAUCUACACAUCAGAAAAUGGCAGCUACAACAUCGGCACGAGACCCCAUUGUUGAAGCUCUUCAGGAGUUUACAACGUGUGAUGUUUCGGACGCGCUGUGUAAGCUCAAGUUCCGGAACGGGGGCUUCCUCUCGGGCAUCACCAUGUGGUCCCCGGAACGCCAGUCUGGAAUGACAAAGAUUGUUGGACCGGCGUACACGGUCAAAUACGUGUCCAAUGACGACCCUACGCCAAAACUCUCGUCUCACUACAUUGACUCCGUUCCUGCAGGUGCCGUGGUCUUUGUCUCAUGCCCUCCAAAAGUGCCGAACGCGGUCUAUGGCGGCCUGAUGUCAACCCGGGCCCAGGCCAGCGGUGCCGUCGGGUCCGUCAUAGAUGGCCGCUUCAGAGAUGUGCAGGAGCAUCGGGACCUGAACUACCCGAUCUUUGCGCGUGAUACAGGGACCUCGCCACCCGCAGAGCUGGUUAAGGUUGUUGGUGUCAACGUGCCUGUCAAACUGGCUACGGAUGAGCAGGAUAUGACGGUCAACGCGGGUGACUAUCUUAUCGCGGACCUCAACGGCGUGGUGGUGUUGCCCAAGGCUCUGGCUGAGCAAGCCUUGCCCCUGAUGAAGAAACAGGUCGAGGCCGACUCUAAGAUGGCCGAGGAGAUUAAGAAGGGGAUGACGUUUACGGAGGCGAGCAAGAAGUUUAGGAGCUAGGGCUGCAAUAUAUACUCACCGGAGGAAGGCCGCUAUCACUUGAGCAAUCCAUGAUCCUAGAAAAGCCACCAAGAUGCUCUUUGGUUAGGUGAGGAAAGGAGGAUUUUCUAUGCCAACUUGAGCAAAGAAGGCAGUCAGUUGAGUGAUGGAUCCGACCGACAUGAUUAUUCAAGCAAAUGUGAUCACUACAAAAUUCGGUACUGCGCUGUGAUAAUGUUGUUAAUAACCUUCAACUGGUCACACGUAGCAGCUUUCCCAGCUUCUUUUACUCCUAUUUAUGAACGAAUGCAGUCGCACCUGGUGAAAUUUCCCUUUCACCGACGGCUCUGUGACG